CAAGGCGGCGCCAGUGGGGCCACUUCGCACUCCACCAGCAGCUUCAUGCCGGCCUCUCUCCCCGCCGCUAGCGGCGACUACCUGCAGCAGAGCCCGACUACGGCCGAGGCGGCCGGCGACAUGGCGCACACCAACGCGGUGGCCGACCGCAACACGAUCGUGGACAUGAGUCUGCGACUCAGCCGCUUCGUGCUGUGCGUGGUGGCGGCGCUGGUCUUCGCGUUCGGCUUCGCCCUGCUCACGAGCAACAAGAAGACGCUCACGCAUGUGGACGAGAGCAAGCUGGCGGCCAACGAGACGCUGUCCGCGAAGGCGUCGUCCGUCGUGGAGGACUACAACACGCUCUUCGGCUACAUCCUGUUCGCGGGCGGCAAGGUCUUCGAGGUCUUCUGCGAGACGCUCAUCUUCCCCACGCUCGCCACGUACCUGCACAACUGCAGCCUCUAUCCCGGAGACCAGCCGGCGCGCGUGCACUCGGCAGUGAAGGCGCGCUGCAUCUUCUGGGGGCUCAAGACGGUGAUUAUCCUUAUGAAUGUCGGCUUCACGAGUGUCUACGUGGGUCAGGCCACCGAGGGGCCUGGCGCUACCUCCAGGCGACUUGUUGCGUCUGAUGAGAUGACGACUACACUGAUCCAGACGGACGCACCGUUGCUCAUCAACUCCGAGACCGAUGCGCUGGACUCUAUCCUGCGAACGUCCGUGACGGGCGUCACGGUACCCAUCGAGUUUCAAGAUUCCUGCAAAUGGCUCAAGGAGAACACUAAUGGUGAACAUCAACGAUGGGGAGCAUGGUCCGACGACGUGGACACCACGUCUGUGAGCUUCAGCUUCCCGUCACACGCAUGGAACGCAGCGCUGCUCUCUUCAAAGACCGCAGCGCCAGUGAAUGCGAUGGAAAUCCCGUUCCGGGACUACCUGGCCAACCGCGAGAAGUUUGCGAUGACCGACGACUGGGAUCCUGCCGAGCUGUAUUCAACUUUCCAGCAGGGAACGUCGAAGCUGGGUCUUGCUAGUGUGUCAGUUGGUGUUUCACCCAGUCCGCAUUCGUUCGACGACCUAGUACAUAUCGUUGCUAGCAGGCUGAAGGCUGCUAUGCCGAGCAACACGCAAGUUGGUGACCUGGUCCUCCGACUGGAACACCGAGAACUGGCUGAAGAUGUGCGCUUCAUGAGUUUGACAGUGUCCACUCCAGUCGAACCUGACAGUGACAGUGUGGGAACUACGCGCUGUGGAUCUACCGGUUGCGUGCAUGCCACGUCGACGAGCGUUCUGGAUAAACUCCAUAUGCACCCAGGCGUGUCCAUUGCAACAUACGAGCAUGACGACAACUCAGCCUUGGUCUACAGCGCCGGGAACCAGUACGUACAGGGCCUGGGGGCAUCUCAGACUCCACACGAGGUGCUGACGCUGUCGAUGGGCAAACUCUCGUGGCAAAUAAGUCCACUGCACAUUCGUCACGACGCGGCGUGUGCGGACGACGGCGAUCAGCAGUGUCUCGGACUGAGUCUGCCAUUCGCAACGGGUGACGGCGUGCUGCUAGUUGGCAAGGACGCCCUGGCUACACAGCACGUGACACAGCCUGUUGCUCUCGUGACUUUGCAUUCAGCGGCGAUCCCAGAUAUGACUCAACCGGGGGACGAGGCCCUCACGUCAUGGCACCGACUCGUAUCGGCGAACGGCAUGCUCGUGCGCCCCAGUCGAACGGCCGAUUGCGAUCCGCUCGUGGACUCGUACCUAAAUCACGUCGAGACGAACCACUUCUACCUGGACGGUCAGUCGUCGCAGGACAUGUACUCCGCGGCGUUGUUUUACCUGGUGCAGCGUGGAGUUCCGACGUCUUACGCGGAUCUCAUGUCUCGACGGCGUCUGGCACUCUCGGCCGCCAUGGCAUCGAGCAGUUCUGGUUCAGAAUCACUUAACGGAACUGCUGUUGCAACGACUGAUAUUGAAGUGAACGUUCCCACUGCGACUGCCUUGGUGACGUUAGCCGGUUGUAUUUUCAUCGUCGUACUCAUGCUGUGCGUGGUUUACCUGCCCACGUCUCGAGUGAAGCUGUCGCCUGACACGACCCCCGCUGCGCAGUACGUGCAGAUCUUGACGGACGACUUGUACCCGGACGUGGUGCACAAGAAGCGGUUGCGCUUCGCGAACGGUGACUGCCUUUUGUUCAACGAGUACAUCGUCGAUGCCAUCGUGCUGCAUGCCAAGCGCGACCAGACUAAGAAGAUCUACCUGUAA